UCCUUCAUAUCCUUUCCACUGUUCGCACCAACACGAAGCUUCUCCGCCAUUUUCAUACCUAACAAUGGCAGUUCCACCAACUGUGGGCCUUCGAGUCCCUUCUCUUCGAGUCACAGAUCGCCAUAGCUGUCCUCCUCUUUCUAUUCCAUCGCGUUCUUCGUUCAAAUUUCUUUGACCCCACUCUUGCUUAUCCAAUUCCAAUCCUUCCAUUUCCUUUUUGGCUUUUUCAGUCGUAUUCUGUGAAUUUGUCAAAACAUAACGUGAUGGGUUGUUUAUUGUUUCGCUUUUUGCUGCUUUGAAAUUGAAUCAAACCAACUUUAAUCUGUCUUUAUCGCUCUGGCUUCUAUGAUUGCCUUCAUUGACUUGAGUUUUUGGAGUUCUUGAUUUGUAUUAAGAGUGAGAUGCUUCUGGGUUGCUUCUUAGUACUUGCUUUAGUGGCGCAUGGUAACGGAUUCCUUUUUGUGAACUGAGGUGAUUCUUUUGCUUGUUCACUUCGUUUUUGUUUUUCUUCUGAGAAUUGGCUUCUGGGAUCUUGUUAUAUUUGGUAAUUGGAUUCGUUUCGUUUGGAGUUUUCUUGUUCCAAUCUGAUUUUUCGACUUCCAUCUCUGAAUUUGUUCGAUCGAAUUGAGUUUUAUUCAGUGUUGAUUGGUAAUAAGAGUGAAAUUGCUUCUGGGUUGUUUCUCGUUCUUGCUUUAAUGGCGGACAAUAACGGCUUCCUUCUGAGAUGAUUGAUUCUUUCGCUCAUUGAUCACUUAUUUUUCUUGGAAUUUCCUUCUGUCUUCUCGGAUUUGUUUGGUUUCAAUCUGAUUCUUUCAACUUCUUUUCUGUAGUCUGAUCAUCUUCUUUGUAAAUCUCGAAUUAUUUUGUCUCUGAAAGCUGCCGCCAUGAGAGCUUCAAAUGCCAAUUUUCUCAUCUGGAUUCUUUGUACUCUGUGUUUAUCAUCUUCUCUCUCAUCAGAAUUCACUCCUGAUGAUAAUUAUCUGUUUGAUUGUGGAUCAUCCUCCAAUAAUACAGUGGGAGAUCGUCUAUUUCUGUCUGAUGAUUCCAACCCACAUGGGAAAUCUCUUUCCACUACAAGCAAAGUAUCUAGUUCAUCUGAAUUAGACUUAUUCUCACCUCUAUUUAGAACUGCAAAAGUAUUUGAAUCAACUUCCCAAUACAACUUCAAAAUAAAGAAACAGGGUAGGCACUGGAUCCGCCUCUACUUUUACCCUUUUGUCUCUGGGACCUUCAACUUAAGUUUAGCCAGAUUCUCAGUUUCUGCUCAAAAUAUCACCCUUCUCAAAGAGUUUCAAAUCAACAUCGGUUGGGUAAUCAAGGAGUAUUCUCUGAAUGUCACGUCCAGUAAUCUUGGUCUUACAUUUACUCCCAUGGUGAAUUCAUUUGCCUUCAUCAAUGCCUUAGAAGUUGUUUCUGUUCCUAAUGAACUGAUUCCCUUUACUGUCUCCAGUGUUGAGAAUGUUGAAAAUAGUUUGGGGAACAGGGCAUUGGAGACAGUUGCUAGAGUGAAUAUGGGCAAUGAAACCGUGUCUCCAAAAGUGGAUACUCUCUCACGCCUUUGGGUUGCAGAUGGUCAAUUUUUGGUGCAUAAUGAUCAGGUGGUUGUUGGAAAGUUUGUGUCAAAUCUCACAAAGGUGAAUAUGACAAAAGGUUCUGAAAUUAAGGCUCCUCGUGCCGUGUAUGGAACAGCAACUCUGUUAGGAGCUGAUGCGGAUGUGAAUUCUAAUGCCAAUGUAUCGUGGUCAUUCAACGUCGAUCCAGGAUAUGACUAUCUGAUUCGUUAUCAUUUCUGUGAUAUUAUUGAUCUUCCUCCUGGAUCAAUGGUCUUCAAUGUUUAUGUUAACUCAUGGAAGGUUAAAGUUCAUCUUGAUCUUGAUAAUCUCACUUCAUAUAUCCCAGGUGCACCCUAUGUCCUGGACACCAUAGCCAGUCCAAUCGACAGCUCUAAGUUCAAAAUAAGUGUUGGCCCUACCAGUUUUCAUGAUUAUUCGACUGCCAUUCUUAACGGGCUCGAGAUCAUGAAAAUAAGUGAUUCUCGGAGGAGCCUCGAUGAACCCUCGUUUGGUUUAAACUCGAAGAAAGGUUCCAGUGUGAAAGUUGGUCUCAUAGCAGGCUUGGUUGCUGGAUUGCUUCUUAUUGCUGUUUUGGCCACUCUUGUCAUUGUGUUGUGCAGAAGAAGGAGAUCAGCGCUUGUUCGUCACUUGAAGGAAGAGGAAAAUUUUGGUCUGAAUGGUAGAGAAAGCAACUAUAUCACUGGAUCUGUUGCCUUUUCGAACUCAAAAAUCGGUUAUCGAUAUCCUCUUGCAGCUAUUCAGGAAGCUACAGAUCAUUUUAGUGAAAGUUUAGCCAUUGGCCUUGGUGGGUUUGGGAAAGUUUACAAAGGAAUGUUGAGGGACAACACAGAAGUGGCAGUGAAAAGAGGGACUUCUAAAUCCCAGCAAGGUCUUGUGGAGUUUCGAACGGAAAUUGAGAUGUUAUCCCAGUUUCGCCACCGUCAUUUAGUUUCUCUGAUUGGGUACUGCGACGAGCAAAACGAGAUGAUCAUAAUUUAUGAGUAUAUGGAAAAAGGGACGCUUAAGGACCAUUUGUAUGGAUCAGAACUUCCAAGUUUAAGCUGGAAACAAAGACUUGAUAUUUGCAUUGGCUCAGCUAGAGGACUUCACUAUCUUCACACUGGCUCCACAAAGGCAAUCAUUCACAGAGAUGUAAAAACUGCAAACAUUCUUCUUGAUCAAAACUACAUGGCCAAAGUUGCAGACUUCGGACUCUCGAAGACUGGCCCCGAAUUCGACAAGACUCAUGUAAGUACAGCAGUGAAAGGAAGCUUUGGCUAUCUCGAUCCUGAGUAUUUAACUACACAGCAACUGACCGAGAAAUCAGACGUGUACUCUUUUGGGGUAGUUAUGUUUGAAGUCCUUUGCGGUAGGCCUGUCAUUGAUCCAUCUCUUCCAAGGGAAAAAGUGAAUUUAAUUGAAUGGGUAAUGAGGAGGAAGGACAAAGAUCAACUGGAGGCGAUUGUAGACGCUCGCAUUAUCGAGCAAAUCAAGCUAGAAUCUCUGAAAAAAUAUGUAGAGACAGCCGAGAAAUGCUUGGCAGAAUGUGGCAUGGAUCGCCCAACGAUGGGAAACGUUCUAUGGAAUUUGGAGUGUGCACUCCAACUCCAAGGGGAUGAAAAGUCUCCUCGUGGAAAGGAAUCAUCAUCACAACCUGAUCUUUCCAACCACUGGGAGGUGAGCGUAUCGACGACUCAAUUCAGCACAGGAAGCGCGGUCGAUAUCGCUGGUAUUUCGAUGAGUAAGGUAUUUGCUCAAAUGGUGAAGGAAGAUAUGAGAUAGGCUACUCUCUUAUUCUGGUAUUCGAGAACACACGAAUCAUCAGUAUAUUUUGUAUAAAAGUGAAAGAGUUCAAUCCUGUUAUCGUGCAUCUCAUAUUGUUAGAGGUGUGCCUGUUGAUUUAUACAUACUUUAUAUAAACAUUGAAAAGAUUGAUUGUCCAAAUUUCCUUAUUAAUGUUAUGUAAUUCUUUUGAAAAACAAAACAGUUGAAGAAA